AUAUUAACCUCUGUUCAGGCACGGUUUUCGUCUGACCCCUGGUAGAUUAUUUUUUAGGAUUUUGUAAAUAUUGUUCCUCAAGUGCACGAUGGCUGGAAGCCGACUUGAGAAGGUCGGAACUGUUUUCACUCGGGUUCGAGAUCUUAUGCGUGCCGGAGUCAUCAAAGAGUCUAAGAAACCUGUUUGGUUUGACGUCUAUGCUGCGUUCCCUCCGAAGAGAGAACCCGUCUAUGUGAAACCGCUGAGACGUGUGCGACAGAAAACUGAAGAGAAUGUGCCUGAAAUCUUUUACAAGGAGGAUCAAAUACGAGCUAAAUUUUAUGAUUUGUAUGGAAAUGGACCUAAAGCAUUUGAUCUCACAAGAAGCAACUUUGUAUCGCCUUGCCAGAGGUUUGUGGAGAAGUACAGUGAAUUAGAGAGCAGGGGAGAUGUUGAGUCAGAAAUGCUGCUCGAGCAAACGGCAAAGGUUCUUCUUGCCGAUGGGCUUGUGCUCAGGAAGCGAGGUGGAGGACCUGCUGUGGCAGCAGAGACACGCAGUUCUGUCCUGGCCAUGAAGUUAACCGACAUGCUGGCUGAACAACAAAAAGACAAUCACACACACACGGAGGAUCAAACACCACCUGCUCAAAGUGACUCUUCAAACAUCGUAUAGCCUGAAGAAAAAAAAAAAAGGACAUCUGUCCUGUAUGAAUAUACAUGUAUUUAUGUAAUGAACAUUAAAUUACUUGAGAAGCACCAGUUUAGUCAAAGUUUGAUGACAGUUACUUUUCCUUCAUUAAUUUUAGUCUUAACCGCUGACAGUGAGGAAUGGACGUGAUCUUUUCAGUUUAACAAACAUUCUGUAUUACAUCAAAGAUGGAAUGUGUACUAUGUGGCCAAAUUUACGUUUUAACACCUGACCAUCAUACCCAUGAUGUGUGCAUCUUUUUCAAACCAGUACCACAAAGUUUAAAACACACAAUCAUAUAGAAUGUCUCUGGAGCAUCAGGCUUUUCCUUCAUCUAAACUAAAAGGCCCAAAUCUGUUCUUGCAUGACAAUGCUCAUGUGCAAAGGUACAAAGGGAGCUCUCUGAAGACAUUGCAAUUUUCUACCUGAAACCCCACAACACAUUUGGGAUGAAUUAUUAACACAGGUUUCAUAAAAUCUUUUUUUUUUUUUUUUAAACAAGCACAUACAUGUGCUUUGUCUAGGUGUCAACAAAAUGAGUCAAUAUAGUGUAUGAUAUAUUGUUAUCGAAUAAUCUAAUAAAAUGUUUCAACAUUAAAAAGAAUGUCUUAA